ACCAUCACAGUACGCACGCACGCACCAGCCCAGCAGCAGAAGCGCCCCUCGGCCCUCGCUCCCACAACAAGCUCAAGCCAGCCUUCUCUCUCUCUCUGCUCCAAUGGCGCGCUUCCAGCUCGCAGCCGUGGCCAUGGCCAUGCUCUUCGCCGCGGCGGCGGCGCAGGCCCCGACCGCCACCCCGACGCCGGCUCCCAAGGCGUCCCCCCCGCCGGCGACGCCGCCGCCGACCCCCGCGCCGGUGUCUCCGCCCGUGCCGCCCCCGACCAUGCCUCCUCCGGCGCCCGCGCCCGCCCCCAAGGCCCCGGCCCCGGCGCCCGAGGCCCCCACCCCGGCGCCCACGGCCGAGGCUCCCACUCCCGACGUGAGCUCCCCGCCGAUGCCCACGGAGGGCCCCGCUCCGACGCCCUCCGCGGAGGCUCCCCCAGCCCCCAGCGCCGCCGUCGCCGGCGCCUCCCCCUCCGCCAAGUGGUUCGCCGCCGCCGCAGCCGUGGCCGCCGCCGCCGCCGCCUUCUACUGAGAGAGCGGGAGAUCUGCGCCGUCCCCUGCUGUAAUUUAUCGCUAUCCGUGCUGAGCCGUUGAUUCCUUUUUUUUUGUUGUUCUUCCCUUUCAUCCAUAUUCCAUUCGGCAUUCGAUUCAGUAGGACUGGCAUAUCUGUUCGUGUUACUACAGUGUAGGAUCGUGGCUUGGACAGAUUGGUUUGGCUGGCUGGCUGGUUGGGUGGGCCCGGUGGUGUUGUGGCUUCCGUUCCUCCAUCUGUAUAAUACCCUGUUGAUUUUCC